UAACCAUGGCGAGUUGAGCAGUCUAUAAAAAUUAUCGCCCACCCUUUCGCAGCUGAAACCACAGGACUUUGAUCGAAAGAUUGACAUUCGUUUGGCAAAGAAUCGGCUUCUGAUCUCACAGAAAUUCGCCAUGUCCGACACCAGUCACUGGGAGCAGGUUCAGUGGACCGGAGGCUUUGACAACGAAACAGAGUUUUGGGCAUCGGGGCCCCGCAGUCCGCUACAGAUCGCCGUCAACACCAGCAUCGCCUGCCUGGCUUUCCUCGGUAACGGCCUGGUGAUAAUCGUCAGGCUUGCCAGACACCGCAUGUUCAGCUCAACCGUAAAUCGCCUCAUCCUACACCAGUCCAUCAUUGACGCCAUUACGGCGGUGGUCUUCUUCCUUCACAGAGUUGUCAAGGACCCAAUUCCCGUGGUGUCUACUGAAAACAACUUCCACGACGAAUUAAUCUGUCGUUUUCUGUACGUAGACGUCUUGUUGUGGGCUAUGUACGUGGCGUCCACUAGUAACCUCGUCAUCAUCUCGCUAGACAGGUUCCUGGCCAGCUGCUAUCCGCUCAAACAUCGCAAAAUAAUUUCAUCGGAGAAAGUGAAGCUCACGGGAGCGAUUCCGUGGGGAAUCGGCUUGGCCCAUGGCUCUCACUUCCUCUUUUUGUUUGAGCCGCACCGGGGGUACUGUAGGAAAGUACCAAUAGACCGUACACUGGAGCUGGUCAGCUCCAUCGCGGUACUGACAGUAGAAUAUUUGGUACCCGCCAUAAUUCUGCUCUACACAUAUUCCAAAAUGUUAGUUACACUGAAAAAGAAGACAGUACAUCCAGCGAACGUCCGCCAGAAUUUCUUUCGCAGUGCAAAGGAGAACGUGCGGAAGAUCGCCCUGCUUGUCGACAGUGCGUUCAUCAUCUGCUGGACCCCUGCCGAGUUCGAGUUUGUCGCCGCAACGUUUGGCAUUUUUGUCAGCGAGUCGGUGUACGAAGCAUUUAGCGCGUUGGUGGCCUGUAACAUGGUUGUGAAUCCCAUCAUUUACUGCUUCAUGUACGAACAUUUUCGAACUCAGCUGAAGGGGGUCCUCCGGGCAGGGCUUCGAAGAAACCGAGUACACGACGGGGUGCUCCCUCCAACCUGACUUGUCCCCUUCUGCUCUGCCGCUGCUGCUGCAAGGAACGAUUAAUAUGCUGGGAGUGGCCACCCAGGCCUUCCUCGAGACAAGGGAGUAGAGCUCUGAAUUCAGUGAAAUUAUUCCCGUCAAUCACCACUUAUAAACGGUGGACUUUGAACAUCUCUGAACAUGACAUGUGUAACUUCUUCUAUUGACAUUAUACAUGUAUACUAUAAAAACUUGGAUCUUAACUCGAUAGGUUAUCACCUAGUUUAUUAGAUGCGGUUUAAUAGAUAAAUACAAUGGGAUUGCACAUUAUUUAAGGAGGCCUUGUUGCAUUAUGAAAAGGCGAGAAGCAAUUACAAAACAUCCAAAUGAAAAAGAUACACAGAGGAAAAAAAGUGUCCUGAAAGAGGACUCGUAACUUCUAUUCGGGAGAAAACCCCAAUUGCCAGCAAUAACAGAAAAUGUAUGGUCGAUUACAAUACGCGUAGGAAGAAAAUGCCAGAAGAUGUGCGUGGACAAAAUGGUAAUUGACAUUGGCAAAUCACUACCGUGAUUCACAGCCGCGGCGUUGCCCUGGGAACUUGUGAACUUCCCGCGGAGAGUUAUAGCAUCGACUACCCACGACCAGACCCUGUUAGAUUUAUGACGUUUACCCUCGAAAUCAUAAUCAAACCGUUAUAUGUUAUAAGUUGUGAUUUUAAGUCAAAUAAAUCUGGUCACUGCUGUUGUUAGGGAAUCAUGAACAAUAUUGGUUUGUGAAGUUGGUUUUUUGGGGGAGGGGGGGUCAGGGAAUUCUAUGAACUGACAACAUACAUGAAAGGAUAGGUUUCGGACGCAUAACGAUUCACACGCCAAAAAUAACGGCAAAAGCGCAAGAAUACCUGUCAACGUUUACGCACCGUCCGGCGGUCGUUAAUGAUACACUGCAACAACAAUUUCAACACUGUUGGUGUUACUUUUAACAUCCUCCAGACACUGUAACACUUGUCGGUGCAUAACGUAAUACCAGCGGUGUUAAAAUAACAGAGUUUGGUGUGGUCAUCUGGUAAUACCAAAAGCUGCUGUUUUUAACACCAUCGUUUAGCGGGGUAGAGUCGUGCAGUGCUGCAUCGGUUCACUGCAAAAAGAAACCGGUGUUAUCAGAGAACUAUUCCAAUACUUUUCAUCAUUGUUAAAAUUAUUGGUGUUCUUUUGAAACUGUCGAUGUUACUUUUAACACCCUCCAGUGUAUUGUAAAACGUGUAGGUGUAUAAAGUAACACCGACGGUGUUAAAGCAACACAUUUUGGUGUGUUUUAACACCAGAGUUUUUGCAGUGUUUGUGCAUGUAAAGUAUACUGUUUCGCUUGUAGCAGCAUCACUAUUGAUUGUUUGGGGAGUAAUCUUAGAACGUGGUGAGCUCAAUGACUGGACCGAGACACCGCAUUGACUGAACGUAGGCGGGAAGAACAAGGGCCAGCGGAAUUAGUGUGAUGCAUGACACCGGUAUAUGUGUUGGCAGACGGUCGGGUUGCAGCGGUGCCGGGCUGCUACGAAGUUACA